AUGGGCUUUGACCUUCUGGAACCAAGCGAGCCACCCGGCCCGACCCCGCUGGCGCGGAAUCGUACACGCCCUGUCAAUGGGCAGAGGCGCUGCGGGUGCGAGGCGCUGAUUGAGGGCCCGGGCUGGACUGACCGACCGGGUUGGCAGACCCCUAUGCUCACCGCCAUGAGAUAUGCCUCCCCGACGACGGUGGCCGAGGCUGUGGAUCUGCUGGGCUCUGAGCCGGACGCUCGCGUGUACGCGGGCGCGACCGACCUGAUCCCACAGAUUCGCGCCGGCCGUCCCGAACCCAGCGCGAUCAUCGACCUCAAGCGGAUCGAGCGGUUGUGCGCCAUCAGUCGCAACGGCUCGUCCUUCACGGUCGGUGCCGCUACCCCCACCGCCGACAUCUGCGCCCACGACGGGUUGGCCGCCGCCUUCCCGGGCCUGGUGGAGGCCAGCGGGCUGAUCGGCUCGGACCAGAUCCAGAGCCGUUCGAGCUGGGGCGGCAACCUGGCCAACGCCUCGCCCGCGGCCGACACCCCGCCCAGUCUCAUCGUCAACGACGCCCGAGCGGUGAUCGCCGGUCCCGACGGCGAGCGCACCGUGCCCGCCGCGGAGGUCGCCACCGGCCCCGGCGCCACGUCGUUGGGUCCCGGCGAGCUCAUCGUGGAGUUCGAGUUGGACGAGCCCCCGGCCCGCACCGCCGACGCCUACCUGCGGCUGAUCCCCCGCACCGAGAUGGACAUCGCGGUGGUGGGCGCUGCGGCCCGAGUGACCCUCGACGAGGGUGGUCGGGUGUCCGCCGCAGCCGUCGCGCUGGGCGCGGUGGCCCCCACAGUGGUGCGGGUGCCCGACGCCGAGGCGGCCCUCGAUUGGCAGCGAGCCCUCCGGUGA